AUAUUGGUGGACCAUUAGUGUAGGUAGGCCUAUAUCUUAAUCUAACAUACAUCCUUGGAUUUAUACUGGAGGAUUUAGAAAAUAAAGGAUUAGGUCUAACACUGAUGGUAAACACAUCUAAAAUACCGUUUACUGUAUUUACCACAUCUGCAGCUUUACAGAUUUGCUGUAAUUAAGACCAAGACCAGAUGUAUUGCUAGAUACCCUACUUUACUUUUAGUAUUCGUUUUAUAAUGGUGUGUGUGUGCGUGUGCGUGCGUGUGGUAAUCCCUUUGUCUUUUUAUCCGUAAAUGUGUUUGUCACGAUACCAACCGCCGCGUAGCAGUUAAAUUCUGUUUCCGCUCUGGGUAAAUGACGUUAAACAUGCACUUAAGGCAUGUGGAAAACAGGUCAAUGCAACUGCACCAGCGAAAACCGCUGUGCGUCCCACGGAUAGCCCCGGGUUUAUUUCUCACAAAACAUCUUAAUUCUUCUGUUCGCUAAUGAUCCCGGAACACUUCCCUCUAAUCCCCACUCCAUUAAUUAAAAAGAGCACGAGCCCACGGAAAACCUCGCCAUCUGCUGUGGUUUCAUUCCGGUAGACAGAUUGUGUUUUCAUCUUAUUUAAAACAAGGGGAUUGGAGAGUUUUUAGAGCAGGCGUGUGAUGGAGUGAUGCGAGAGAGGAUGACCUCUCACUGGUGAGGAGACACUGAGCUCCAUCCCAUCCUCUACUCACACGCACAGCUGGAAUAGCCUAGCCUAUAGACUACUGAAAACUGUUUAUUUUAUUAUUUAAACUAUACAUUUGGUCGUUUAUUUUAGUGAGAUGUUACUUAUUUGCUCUUAAAAAUAGAUAUUGUUUGGGUUUUAUUCAAAUAUUUGCCUGUGCGUUGUAAGGUUUAUGCAAUAGAUUUGAUUGUAGCCUAGCCUAUUACUUUCUUCUUCUGCAAUUGGUCAUUUUGAAUGAAGCUACUGCAGUAGAUCUAUUUGACAAACCGAGGAUCAAAUAAACUUGAACCAUUUGUAACCCCAAAAUGGGUAAGACAGUUUUUCAAAUAUUAAAGCAUGCGAUAUGUCGCAUGAACCAUGCAUGCAUGCUAUUUUGUAUCAUAACCUUCAAGAGAGAUAAAUUAGUUUAAUUCAACUAAACUGUGAUAGCCUAUCAUUUUAGCCCCCCGUCCCGUAGAAAUUGGGCUAAAUAACACGGUCGCUGCAUUUGAUUAGUGCGAAAGAUUAGCCUAUGGUGUUUGUGCUCAAACUGGAAUCAGAGCAGAUGUCGCUUUUCCCUAUCGGAAUACUGGGAUUGAGCCAAUAAACACACGCACGCACGCGCGCGCGCGCACACACACACACACACACCAGAGCAUCACAAUGCUAAUCAGAGACACCAACCUCCUCUGCGCACCCCUUCUUCUCUCCUCUUCUUUUCUCACUCACACACACAUUCAAAGACACUCCGCUGGGGCGAACUCCAAGGCUCCACUUCAAGUUGUGGAUGCUAUUAGCCUAUAUCUUUAUAUUCACUUUUUUCCAUUUAGAAUAAAAGAGUACAAUUCGAAAAUGAUUAUUUACAGAAUAAUAUAUAUUUAAACGUAAUAAUUUUCUAACUGAAACCCAUGGAGUGUGCAUUUUUUGUAGUAUAAUCCGCCGCUCAGAUGGACCUCCGAGGCGCGAAGAGACGGCUUGGGGGGAUAUGGCAGGUGACAUGCCUAGCUCUCGUCGUAUGUGUCCUGGAUUUAGUUUGGGCUCAGAUUCGUUAUUCAAUCCCUGAGGAACUGGAACAUGGCGCUUUUGUUGGAAACAUAGCCGAGGACUUGGGUUUAGACGUCGAGAGACUCUCUGCGCGCAGGUUCAGGAUAGUUUCAGGCGCAAAAAAGCAAUACUUGGAGGUGAAUUUAGAAAAUGGUAUUUUAUUUGUAAACGAAAUAAUUGAUCGAGAGGAACUAUGUGAACAGAGUCUGUCUUGCUCUUUCCAUUUGCAAGUGGUAAUCGAAAACCCAUUGGAACUGUACAGGGUUGAGGUGGAGAUUUUAGAUGUGAACGAUAACUCACCCAGUUUUCCGUGGAGUGAGUUUAAUUUGGAUAUAUCCGAGUCGGCGGUACCCGGGUCCCGCUUCCCACUAGAGAGCGCGCAGGACUUGGACGUUGGAAGCAACUCGCUCCGCUCGUAUCUGCUGAGUGUGAAUGAACAUUUUGUCCUGGACAUCCAGACGCGUAGUGAUGGCAGUAAGUUUGCGGAGUUGGUCCUGGAGAGCCCCUUGGACAGAGAGCAGCAGAAUACGCACCAGGUGGUGCUGACGGCCGUGGAUGGAGGCUCGCCAGAGAGAUCCGGGACAGCGCAAAUCAAUAUAACAGUUCUGGAUGCAAAUGACAACGCGCCCGUGUUCGACCAGUCUUUCUACAGAGUGAGGCUUGUGGAAAACGCACCGAAGGGCACCGUUGUGAUAAAACUAAACGCAUCGGAUUUGGAUGAGGGUCCUAAUGCGGAUAUCACAUACUCUUUCAGCGGGCAUGCUCCCAUAAAAGUGCGCGAGCUUUUCAGUGUGGAUUCGCGCACUGGAGAGAUCAGAGUGAAAGGUGUCGUAGAUUAUGAAAAGGCCAGGAUGCAUGAGAUAUAUGUGCAAGCCAAGGACAAGGGCCCAUCGGCAGUGGCCGUGCACUGUAAAGUUCUAGUCAAUAUCUUAGAUGUGAAUGACAACCUCCCGGAGGUGAUCUUGACAUCAGUGUCCACACCUGUCCAAGAGGACGCACCACCGGGGACUGUGAUAGCUGUCAUCAGCGUCAUGGACAAAGACUCAGGUGAAAAUGGAAAUGUUGACUGUGAAAUUCCACAUCAUGUCCCCUUCCAGCUCCACUCCUCUUUUAAGAACUAUUACACUUUGGUUACUUGUGAUUUUUUGGACAGAGAGACGGUGCCAGAGUACAACAUCACUCUCACAGCAAGAGAUAUGGGCGCACCUCCCUUGUUCACAAGGAAAACUAUUUUGGUUCAAGUGUCAGACAUGAACGACAACACACCCCGAUUCAAGCAGCCGUCAUACACCGUCUAUUUGACAGAGAAUAACGCACCAGGAGCCUCAAUUUGCUCGGUUACUGCCCUGGAUCCAGAUUCUGACCAAAAUGCCUAUCUCUCUUACUCUAUUCUGGAAGGUGAUAUACAUGGGAUGUCCGUGUCCACCUACGUCUCCAUAAACUCAGACAACGGGAAUAUUUACGCAUUGCGUUCUUUUGACCAUGAGCAGCUAAGAAACUUUCAGAUUUUAGUCCAAGCACAAGAUGCCGGGUUUCCACCCCUGAGAACCAAUGUUACCGUAAAUGUCUUUAUUUUAGACCAAAAUGACAAUGCACCAGUCAUAGUAGCACCUCUACCCCAAAACGGCACCGCGGCGACUGAAGUGGUGCCCAGGUCAGUUGAUGCUGGCUAUCUUGUGGCAAAAAUCACUGCGAUGGACGCAGACGCAGGUCAAAACUCGCGUCUGUUCUACCAGGUGCUCCAGGCAAACGACCCGAGCCUGUUUAGCGUCGCUCUGUACACGGGCGAAAUCAGGACAAUUCGCCGAUUUGUGGAAAAAGACCCCAUAAGGCAAAUGCUGGUCAUUCUGGUCAAGGACAACGGUCAGCCACCCCUUUCGGCCACAGUUUCCAUCAUCCUGUCAGUUGUUGACAACGUGCCAGAAUCGCUGCCUGAUUUCGGCGACCUCACACUGAGCCCCCAGUACCGCUCGAACCUCACGCUGUACUUAAUAGUGUCUCUGGGCGUUAUCUCGUUCACGUUUCUGGUGGCUAUUAUCGUCCUGGCGGCGAUAAAGGGAUACAGGGAUAGACAUUCCAUUCGGAGGUAUAACGUCUCUCUGAGUGCAUGCUGCGGGUUCCGAUCAGAGGAAUCUACCACUGAUGUGUUCAAGAAGUCCAACUUGAACGUGCAGAUAACCACAGGCACCAAAGGAUCCACGAACUGCGUUGAGGCAAAUGGCAACGGCCCCCUUUCUCAGCCAUACUGCUACAAGAUGUGUCUGACCCCGGAAUCAUCCAAGAGCGAUUUCAUGUUCCUAAAGUCAUGCAGUCCGAUGAAUGCGACUCCACAGAAGAAUAAUGCCAAGGGCGCAGACUACCCCAAAUCGGGUUGGAGCGCACAGGACUCCCGCAGCCUGAUAGUGAACAACGGAGCAACUAUUCCGAACGAGCUCAAGCAAGCGAACAUGGACUGGACAUUGACGAAAAAUCGACGAAAUUCAGCACACAAAAGGUCAACAAAAAUCUUUAGAUCCAUGGAGAGGACCUUCCCACGUAGACCCAGGCCGGACCCUGAUGGCUUCUCCUGCCCGGUGGCACCGCAGUACUAUACCUGGGGUAGUCAUAUGCGUGCAGAAUACAAGAUGUCCUCCCAGGUCGAAGGGAUUGGAGGGGUUGGAAGUGUAGGAAGGGUUCCAAACCGUUCGUGGACUCCGAGUUACACCCAGCCUCCAUCUGCACAGCCACCACCUGACUACCAGCACAACGUCUACAUCCCUGGCACACCGUCUGGGUACUGCACUCUGAAGCCUGCACCCAGGGGGGAACUGGAUGUCUACAACUCAUUCUCUACGUUUGGAAAGAAUAAGAGGUUCAUCUCUAGCUAUGACCCGAGCUUUGACCAGAGAGGGGACAACCUGAUAAACAAGGACUUUUUUAAAUGAAUAUAUUAGAAGACACUGUGCAUACAAUUUAAUACACACUUCCGUGGAUGUUCAUUAACUAUUAAUAUAAUCAACCCAUAUAGUAUAAACCUCUGUGCACAAGGAACAUUUAAAUAGUUUAGUAUAUUUGAAUCCAUGCUUCGAACACAUAACUUAAUAAUUUACAGCAUAUUCUUUUCUCUCAAUACAGCAGUGUCAUAAUUCUCUAUUUUAAUUUGUAUCAUGUACAGUCCUAGUUGAUAAUGAUGAUGAGAUUGUGCAGAUAUAAGGGCAAUUAUAGUCACUUGUGGGGAUAAUGAGGAAAAUGAUCUGAGGAUAUCUGUUCCCAGCAGUUAUGGCAAAUUCUCCAAAUGCCUUGAGGGUUGCGUUGUGAAGAUUGUGCACGGCAUUCUGUUAGGCAGUGAUUUACAAGCAUGUAUAUCAUAUUGUUGUACUUUAUACCUUCAUGUUUGACCCGUUUGGCUUCUUAAACACGUUUAUAUGUAUAAAAUCGGAUUUUACUGCUGA